ACUCUACACUUGAUUCGCAUGUGUUGAUUGAUUAAUGUCAAGGGAGUAAGUGUAAUAAUUUACUCCUAACCCUUUGCGUACCCCAUCGGUAAUCGCCAUUUUGGUUUGUACCGACAGGGUCAAGUCGAUCAUUUUCAAGUAGAUCCUCUGCCCGAACGAGGAACAAACGAUGGCGGAAGCGAUAAGAGUGGUCAACGAAGAUGUCCAAUAUAUUUGUGGGGAGUUUGAGUCUUCCGAUCAAUUCGGAGACUUAAUAUUGGAAGACGGAACGCGAGCCGUCAUAGUGAACGGAAACUUGUUUACAUUAGAUGGCCAAACUCUAGUGCUCCAAGAUGACGACAGCUUGACGCAAUAUUGUAUCGAUGAUUUCAAGCAACUGAGCGACGUAAACGAUGAAGUUCACUGCACAGACGCGGACGACAAUUCGCGGGACGUCGUUUAUAUACAGAACGAUGACAUGCAAAGGGACGAAACUUUGCAGUACCAUCUGGCUGACUGUAAUACCAGUGUGGAUGGUCCUGUCGAGUUGAAAAUGCUCAAAUUAGAAGGGGAUCAGGCUUUCGGCGAGAUUGUCGACUUGGACGAGUUCUUAAAGUCGCAGGGGAUGGAAUCAGAGGCCACAGGUGUUGAGUACACCAUCGUGAGCGAUUCCGAAUUGGAAUUCCAGCAGGGCGCUACCAAACCCAGAACAGACGAAAUGUUACAAUUUGACGGGGCUUGCAAAAUAAAUGAUGGAUACUUUUCUAACAUCCGCGGGCGUAAUCUCUUGACUGGCCAGCCUAUUACGUUAUCGAGGUACAUGUACAAGCUGCGAGAGAGGAUUACGAACGAGAAGCUGAUGGUCGGGAAAAAAAAGCCUCCGCCUUCCAUGGUUAACCAUUCCCUUAAUACCCUAUUGCAUAGAAAAUUUACCUUGGGUCGAUCGACUGAUGGCAAGAAGAUAGUCGGCAAAAUUAUUAAUAUAAAACGACGAGAGGAAGAGAGAAAACAUCCAAAGGCGGAUGAAAAAAAGGAGCGGGUGCCUAUUAGCGACAAGGUUGCCAAUGAUUUCGCGACGACAUCUGACCACCAAUACAAUAGUUGUCAGCCGGGGGAUGGUAUUGAGGAAAUAGACGAUACUCUGUCGGAUACAGCGACGAGCUCAAUUGCGGCACCAGGCAAUAUCCUGGUUCACGAGCGGGUGGUGGGGCGGGAGAGUUUUGAGACCAUAUCGAAGAUCAUGUCGGGUCUGAUGAACAUGGACAGCGUCAAACGGAAGCUGCUCAACAAGAACAUUGUCAUCAAGCUGGUGGAGAAAAUUGCGAAUCGAGAGAGCAAGAUUUUCUACAGCAGUGGUUGUAUGAUGCAGGAGUACCGCUUGAGCGACAUCGACGACAGAUUGGCCGUCGAGACGAGCAGGUUCGUGCCGGACGCGAAUACCAAGAAGGCCAUCUUCGAACCCAGCACUGAACCCACGGCCAACGUGACCAUCACGGUCACGGAGGACGAGACCGGCGCAAAGGUCACCAAGGUCAGUCUGGACCCGUCCACGGAGCAUCGGUGCACCGUAUGCGGGAAAAGCUUUCUCGGCGCAGUCUUCCUCAAGUUACACACCAAAUCUCACUCAUUCAAGUUAGAAAGCGAGGCACUGUCGGCGGCUCGCAGCAGCCCACCGCACCGUCACGUCGAGGGCAUGUUUGAGUGCGCGGAGUGCAACAGAAAGUUCCCGACGUCGGUAGCGCUCCGGAGACACAUCAGCGCGCACUUUAACCGCGCAUCAGCCUGCAAGUAUUGCGACCGGUCGUUCGCUACUGCGCAGCAACUAAAAUCGCACGUCGAGAGUCACGGCGACUAUGGUCCUGAAGAAGGUGGAGCCGGACAGAGGCGCAGGUGUUUCGGUUGUUCGACGUGCGGUCGCAAAUUUUCCAGACAAUCGAAUCUGCAGCGCCACCUCGAAAUACAUAGGGGCGACGGAGCGCGGUUCACGUGCAACGUGUGCGGCUGCGCGUACCACUACGCGUCGUCGCUCACGCGCCACGUCGUACAGAAUCACGUGCAGGGGGUGGACGCCGCGGCCGGCGACGAAUCGGAAGUCAUGCACGUGGUUAAUUUGGAGGAGUUUUUGCAAAUACAAAACUAAAUGUAAAGAAAAACGAGAAAUUUGGAGUCUUUUUUUCCCCGAAAAUCGCGAGUAGUUCAAAUGUACCGUUGUGAUAUAUGAUGAAAUGAUUUUGAUUAAUAAUGGGCGAGACCCUUGUAGUUAAGUAAAACUACCACUACCACAGAGUAAAUACCCACCACCUGAUUUAUAUUGGUUCCAACCAUAUAGCCACUAUGGAUAUAGAUAUAUACAAGAACUUAUGAAGCAACUAUGAAAUUUUUUAUGACAAGGUCCAGAAAAUCUAGUUUUUAACCAAUGACCUUGCGACAUUUAACAACCAACUUGGCAAGUGGUAGAGUAAGUUUGAAUGCGGCCUUUUUACGGUACUAUGUUCUCAGAAUAUGCCUAGAUCUCUUUAAAUGUUCUACGAAAACGAGUUAAAGCAGGGCAGUGCAGGUAAAUGGGUGAAUAUUAGAGACAUGCGCGGAAAAUCAUUGCCCUCUCUACGAAAAUAUAGCUAUUACAUAACAUACUUGUCAACGAUCUGUAAGUGGCCAUACUGGUUGUUGAAUUUCGCAAGGCAUAUGCCCAUGUUGAAAGGACCUUCUCUACUUUUUUUCUCAUAGAUGCUUCAUAAGUUCCUGUAUUAUCAGCAGCAGGGCCCCAUAUCUCUAGUAGCUAUAUGGCUUUUAUAAAGGAUGCCAAUUAUGGACGACUAACCCUGCCAGUACUGCCUUACAAGUAGUAACAAUGAUUACAC